AUGGCCGAGACUACCAUCGCGGCAAACAUCGUCGACAACACCACCACCAACAGCGCCACCACCGCCGACCCCAAGGCCGCCCAGCCAGAACACCCUUAUCAGCCCUACAUGGACGUGCAACCGCCCACGGCCGCCCAUCUCAGCGACGCCAACGGCAUGCCUCUGAGCGAGAAAGAGGUCGAGGCGCUGGAGAAGGAGGAGAGGGCCGAGCGCAAUUCGACCCCGGAACCCAGCGACUUCAGCAUCGCUUUCCCGGACCAUCUGCCCACGCCGCCCUUCCUGCAUGUGCAGGGCGUGCCCAAUUUCCGCGAGUUGGGAGGAUAUCCCUGUCAGCCGCCCUCGUCACAGACGCCGACGCCGCCUUCUGGCAAGGCCUAUGUCUUGAAGAAAAAUCUCCUCUACCGCUGUGCUCACCCCACCCACUUGACCCCCACAGGCGCCACCUACCUGACCACCACGCUCAAUGUGCACGACAUGUACGAUCUGCGUUCGGCGCCGGAGAUCAGCCGGCUCGCGGGCACCGUCGCCUCCAGCGGCAAGACCGUGUACCCUCUUGCAAGUCCCGUGUCGGGUUGUAUCGACGAGGUGCCCGGCCUGAAAAGGCACUUUGUACCCGUCUAUCAAACCGAAGACUACGGUCCCGUUGCCCUGGCGAGGAAGCUCGCCUGGUAUACGGCCGAGCACGCCCACGACGAGCAAGCAGGCUACGCUUACUCGGAAGGGUUUGUGAGGGCGUAUCGAGACAUUGCCACGCACGGCGCGGGCGCCUACACGGUCAUGUUCCGACAUCUCCUGGACCGACCCACCGAGCCCCUGGUGUUCCACUGCACGGCCGGCAAGGACCGCACGGGGGUGUUUGGCGCGCUGAUCAUGAAACUCGUCGGCGUGGACGAGGACCUCAUCUGCUGGGAGUACGCGCUGACCGAACCGGGGCUGGGCGGGUGGCGGAAGGAGUUCAUCGAGCGAAUCGCCCAGACCGGUUUGGGGGGUGGCGGCGGCAAGCCCCAGCACCAGCAACAGGCCAUUGCGGGGGAGAGUCGACCGGCGAUUUCGCGAGAAGAGGCCGCGCGCAUCUGCGGCAGUCGCGCCGGCAACAUGCGCGCCUUUUUGAGGACCGUGCUCGAGGGCGAGUUUGGCGGCGUGACCGCCUACCUGACCCGCAUGAUUGGGCUCAGCGAGGACGAAAUCGCCCGUCUGAGGAGCAACCUGGUCGAAUUGGUCGACGACGUCCCCGGCCAGGUCAUGACCCCCGUCGAGAUUGACGGCUGGACUGCCGACGGGGGAUGUGUGGAUUGA